AUGGAUUCGGUAGAACUUUGCCUGCCUGAAUCUUUUUCCCUGCACUACGAGGAAGAGCUUCUCUGCAGAAUGUCAAACAAAGAUCGACACAUUGACUCCAGCUGUUCGUCCUUCAUCAAGACGGAACCCUCCAGCCCGGCCUCCCUGACGGACAGCGUCAACCACCACAGCCCAGGCGGCUCUUCAGACGCCAGCGGGAGCUACAGUUCAACCAUGAAUGGCCAUCAGAACGGACUUGACUCGCCGCCUCUCUACCCUUCUGCUCCUAUCCUAGGAGGGAGUGGGCCUGUCAGGAAACUGUAUGAUGACUGCUCCAGCACCAUUGUUGAAGAUCCCCAGACCAAGUGUGAAUACAUGCUCAACUCGAUGCCCAAGAGACUGUGUUUAGUGUGUGGCGACAUCGCGUCCGGGUACCACUAUGGGGUAGCAUCGUGCGAAGCCUGCAAGGCGUUCUUCAAGAGGACGAUUCAAGGUAAUAUAGAAUACAGCUGCCCUGCCACGAAUGAAUGUGAAAUCACUAAGCGCAGACGUAAAUCCUGCCAGGCUUGCCGCUUCAUGAAGUGUUUGAAAGUGGGCAUGCUGAAAGAAGGGGUGCGUCUUGACAGAGUACGUGGAGGUCGGCAGAAGUACAAGCGCAGAAUAGAUGCGGAGAACAGCCCCUACCUGAACCCUCAGCUGGUUCAGCCAGCCAAAAAGCCAUAUAACAAGAUUGUCUCACAUUUGUUGGUGGCUGAACCGGAGAAGAUCUAUGCCAUGCCUGACCCUACUGUCCCUGACAGUGACAUCAAAGCUCUCACCACCCUGUGCGACUUGGCCGACCGGGAAUUGGUGGUUAUCAUUGGAUGGGCGAAGCACAUUCCAGGCUUCUCCACGCUGUCCCUGGCGGACCAGAUGAGCCUUCUGCAGAGUGCUUGGAUGGAAAUUUUGAUCCUUGGUGUCGUAUACCGAUCUCUUUCAUUUGAGGAUGAACUUGUCUAUGCAGAUGAUUAUAUAAUGGAUGAAGACCAGUCCAAGUUAGCAGGCCUUCUUGACCUAAAUAAUGCUAUCCUGCAGCUGGUAAAGAAAUACAAGAGCAUGAAGCUGGAGAAAGAAGAAUUUGUCACCCUCAAAGCCAUAGCUCUUGCUAAUUCAGACUCCAUGCACAUAGAAGAUGGGGAGGCCGUCCAGAAACUUCAGGACGUCUUACACGAGGCGCUGCAGGAUUACGAGGCCGGCCAGCACAUGGAAGACCCGCGCCGGGCGGGCAAGAUGCUGAUGACGUUGCCGCUGCUGAGGCAGACCUCCACCAAGGCCGUGCAGCACUUCUACAACAUCAAACUGGAAGGCAAAGUCCCCAUGCACAAACUUUUUUUGGAAAUGCUCGAGGCCAAGGUCUGACUAAAAGCUCCCUGGGCCUUCCUGUCCUGCACGCCGAAAAAGGGAAAAUCAACUCCAGAGUGAUGUCGAAGAAACAUAGAGUUUAGUUACCAACAUCAAAAAUCAACAGACUGCACUGAUCAUUUAGCAGCAAGACUAUGAAGCAGCUUUCAGAUUCCUCCACAUCUUCCUGAUGAGUUUCUCUGGCCCUUUUCUCACCUUCCUUCUC